AAAGGACAAGGAAAUCUAAAGAUAUAUGGUGGUGUCACUUUGUGAGGCACCCCCACUAACUUAGCCUUUUACCUGAUACCCUGGGUCAGUGCAUUUCUAGUUUAAAUAUCGUACUGGUACAGGGCAUAUUUCUGCUGCAGAGGAUGCCUAGCAAGAUGAGGAAAGAAAGCCACGCCAGUCCCUUAGGAAAACUACACCAGUCAGAUGUGCUUUCACAUUUCUUCUUUUAAUGGUUAUCUAGAGCUAGUACCAAAGUGAGGCUUCUAAGAGAACUAUCUAGCUCAAACACUAGCAAGCAGACAAAUCAUGGAAAUAUACUUUGUUGGUCCUUCCCUUUGAAGGAGACCUGUUUGAGAGCAAAUGGGACCUAAUCAACUUGAAGAAAGCUCCUACUGCAGAGACUUCCUUUCUCCUGCAUUACAGAAUGGUGAUGAAACAUCAAGGCAUCUACAAUCAAUUAUGCCAUUAUAAAGAAAGUGUUUAACCAUAGGGAUAGUCGUAGGGAAUUUGAUGUGUUUGCUGCUGAGCAAAGCCUUAUGUUCCUUAAUCUUCAAUACAGAUUAAUAACCUUGAUGCCACAUCAGACAUUACAGAAGUGGACAGAAAAGUUUUAUACUGCGCAUGCAGUAAGGCUGAAAGGUUCAUUUUGGUGCAGGGGAUGCCUGGACUCUCUUUACAGACCAGCCUCAGGUUGCCUAUGUACAGCAAGAUGCUACCACACAGCAGGUGACUGUUCUUUUGCCUGCUAAUCAAAGCGUGAAUGCUGCCAAUCUUGCUGUUCUAAGUGGAGUCUCAGAAUCUGCACAGACAAUGUCAUUAGAUCCAGUGUCCCAGGUAAAUAGAGCAUCACUGACGGUGCAUGAUCAUAGAUUGCCUCCUAUGGAGGGUGCAGACAACUCAACAAAUAUGAAUUCUAAUGCUCAUUCAGAUGCAAAAGAAGAUGAUGAUGAGGAUGACGAUGAGGAUGAUGAGGAGGAUGAGGAAGAGGAGGAUGAAGAUGGGGAUGAUUCUGAUGAAGACGAUUGGGAAGGAGAACCUCCACAUCCUUUUGAUCCAAAUGAUCUCUGGUGUGAGGAAUGCAAUAAUGCACAUCCAUCAGUGUGCCCCAAGCAUGGUGCUCUUCAUCCAAUCCCCAACCGCCCAGUCCUCACCAGGGCACGAGCCAGUCUGCCUUUAGUACUUUACAUUGAUCGUUUUUUAGGAGGAGUCUACUCAAAACGUCGCAUUCCAAAACGAACACAGUUUGGUCCUUUGGAAGGGCCUCUGGUGAAAAAGACAGAGCUGAAAGAUAGUUACAUUCAUCUAAAGGUAGCAUUGAACAGCCCUGUUGACUCUGAAGGGGCAUUUCAGGAGGAUCGUUGGUUUGAGCUAUCUGAAGAGAGCCUUUGUAACUGGAUGAUGUUUGUACGGCCAGCACAAAAUCACUUAGAACAGAACCUAGUAGCAUAUCAGUAUGGUCAGCACAUAUAUUAUACCACAAUUAAGAACAUUGAACCCAAGCAGGAGCUAAAGGUGUGGUAUGCUGCCUCUUAUGCAGAAUAUGUAAAUCAAAAGAUUCAUGAUAUAACACAGGAAGAAAGAAAGGUUCUUCGUGAACAAGAGAAGAAUUGGCCAUGUUAUGAGUGCAAUCGUCGUUUCAUGAGUUCUGAGCAGCUCCAGCAGCACCUUAACUCUCAUGAUGAGAAACUGGACUUCAUUAGCAGAGCAAAAGCACGUGGCCGUACAAGGACAAAAAGGAAAUUCGGCCCUGGUAGGAGACCGGGGAGGCCUCCAAAAUUUAUAAAAUUAGAGAUAUCUAGCGAGAAUCGGGAGAAGAUUGGCCUAGGGACUCAGGUAGAACUGCUGCAGUUCUACAGUAAAGGUCCACAUUUUGAGGACUCUGGCCUUUCAACUUUAAAUGGAUUAGAGCAAUCAGAACUCACACUUGGUACAUCCACACAAGGGACACAAAAUCAGCAGCCUGACACCCACAUUUUGCCUUCAAAUCAGAUAAGCGCACCAGUGCCAACAACAAGCAUUUUAACAGCAGAAGAUAUGCGACGUGCCAAGAAAAUCCGUAAUGCUGCCUUGCAGCACCUCUUCAUUCGUAAGUCAUUUCGACCUUUCAAAUGUCUACAGUGUGGAAAGGCUUUCAGAGAGAAGGAAAAACUGGAUCAGCAUUUGCGCUUUCAUGGAAGAGAUGGCAACUAUCCUUUGACAUGUGACAUCUGUAAUAAAGGUUUCAUAAGCACUAGCUCCCUGGACAAUCACAUGAAGUUUCACUUGGACCAGAAGACUUAUUCUUGUAUCUUCUGCCCAGAAUCUUUUGAUAGAUUGGACUUCCUAAAGGACCAUGUUGCUAUUCAUAUUAUUGAUGGCUGCUUCAGCUGCCCCACCUGCAAAAAAAGGUUUACUGAUUUUAUCCAGGUAAAGAAACAUGUGCGCAGCUUCCAUUCGGAAAAAAUUUACCAGUGUACAGAGUGUGACAAGGCUUUCUGUCGGCCAGAUAAGCUGCGUCUGCACAUGCUCAGACAUUCAGACCGCAGAGACUUCCUCUGCUCCAGCUGUGGCAAACAGUUUAAGAGAAAGGACAAGCUGAGAGAACACAUGCAGCGCAUGCACAACCCUGAGAGAGAAGCAAAAAAAGCUGAUCGCACAGGCAGAGUCAAAGCCUUUAAGCCGCGUCUUGCAUCAACAGACUAUGAAAGCUUCAUGUUUAAAUGCCGCGUGUGUAUGAUGGGAUUCCGUAGGCGAGGCAUGCUGGUUAAUCAUUUGUCCAAGCGACAUCCUGAAAUGAAGAUUGAAGAAGUGCCUGAGCUCACUUUACCAAUUAUAAAGCCAAACCGAGAUUAUUACUGCCAAUACUGUGAAAAGGUUUACAAGAGUGCCAGCAAACGCAAAGCCCAUAUCUUAAAAAACCACCCAGGAGCUGAGCUCCCUCCCAGCAUAAGGAAGCUUCGUCCAGCUGGUCCUGGGGAACCAGACCCAAUGUUAAGCACACAUACCCAACUUACAGGAACUAUAGCAACUCCUCCAGUCUGCUGUCCACACUGCUGCAAGCAAUAUAGCAGCAAGACAAAGAUGGUCCAGCAUAUACGGAAAAAACAUCCAGAGUUUUCUCUCCUGCCAAUCACUGUGCAGGCCCCUGUGCUCGGUACUGGGCCUGCAAUGCUUACUGCUGAUGGAGCAAGUGGGGAGACUGUGGUGACAACAGAUCUUCUGACGCAGGCUAUGACUGAAUUGUCACAAACACUGACUACAGAAUACCGCACCCCGCAGGGAGAUUUCCAGCGCAUUCAGUAUAUUCCUGUAUCACAAACUACUGCUGGCAUGCAGCAACCGCAGCACAUACAGCUGCAAGUUGUGCAAGUAGCCCAGGCACAAUCGCCUAAUCAAUCACAGCAUUCCACUGUAGACAUGGGACAGUUACACGAGUCCCAAGGAUAUACGCAGCAUGCCAUCCAAGUGCAACACAUUCAGGUGGCAGAGCCAACAUCAGGCACCCAGUCAACAUCUCAGGUAGGAGGUCAGGCUCUGAGCCCCUCAUCACAGGAAGCAGAGGAAGUAAACCCAUCCCAGCUCCAGACUCCAGCUUCUCAGUCCCAGGCAAAUUCAGCUGUACAGCAUGCAUACCUACCCAGUGGUUGGAAUUCUUUCCGUGGCUACCCCUCUGAAAUUCAGAUGAUGACAUUACCUCAAGGGCAGUAUGUGAUUGCAGAAGCUGCAGUAGGCACGCCUGUUACCCCUGUCAGUAGUGGACAAGUAAAAGCAGUUACUCAGACACAUUAUGUUAUAUCUGAAGGACAAGGAGUCUUGGAUAUGAAGAAGAAUGCUUCUCUUGCAGAGGAGACAACUCCAAACCAUGACCAUCUGGAGCAGACAGCCAGUAAUUCAUCUCAAACAACACAAUACAUAAUCACCACAACUACUAACAUGAAUGGUGGUAGUGAGCUACACAUUAGCAAACCCUGAAAAAUAUGAGGAACUGUAAAGAAGGUCUAAAUAUACAAGGCUAGGAGCCACAAAAAAACCUUCAUUUUUUCUUACUACAGAACUCUUGAAACGUGAGCACACAGGGUGCCUGUUUGCAUCUGUCCUUGGAAAAGUAUUUAAAGGUUCAACCUUGGGACAAUGCAAUAUAUGUGCAGAGAACAAAAUGAUAGGACAAUGGCACAUCUAAACAUGUACAUAUGUUUUAUAGUUUUACUUAUUUGUUACUGCUUUGAAAGUCUCCAGAUUAGUUCCAUGCAGCACUAUAAGCUUUGAAUUAAGAUCUUAAUACUGCUUUAACUGGGAAUGAUGUAGAGUUUCUGGACUUACCCAGCAGCAAUUUCUACUGUUGUAGGAAAUAAUAUUGUAAACAGGAUGUGAAGCAUAAAAGCACCUUGAAUUUAUUCUUUCAAAUGGUUCAACUGUUCUGUAUGUUGGUCACCCAACACAUUUUCAAAAGGCACCAAUUACUUUCUGGAAGAAGGGACAAAACCUUAUUAUGAGUAAGGUAGAUCCAUAUCUCUUACAGAGAAAAUAAUAUAUCUAAAGUGACCAAUAAUUCUAUUCUCUUAAAAAAAAAUUCCAAGUUAUUUAACUAUAUUUGUUUUUUAUUUGAAACUAGAUCUGUAAAACAAAAAGGGAAGGUUUUUUUUUUUGUUUUACUUAAUACCGUAUUCAAAAGUUAAUGUUGUAUUAGAAAGAGAAAUGUUAAGAAAUAUUGGUAUGGCUUUUUAAAGUACAGAGGCAAAAUUAGCUUCAUUUCCAGCAGUCUUAAGAUUUGAGAGAAAGUGGAAGAUUUUCUAUAUCCAUAGUGCUUGCCAGGAAGUAAAACUGACCAUCACAUCCCCAUUAUAGAUAAAUGCAGUACCUAUGGUUUAGCCAAAGUUUGGAACAGUUGCAGCAGUGUUCAUUGAAAUGUAAUAAAUUGUUCAGAGAGAAAUUCUUAACAUUAUAUUGACAUUGCCUAAGAUGAGAUCUAUGUCAAUUUGGCUUAACAUUCAGUUUCCCACUGUGUUUUUGCACCCCCUACUUUACAUAAUGCCUAUUCUUUUACAUUAUUACUAUUACAAAAUGACCUCUGGCCCUUUUACAAUCCCAAUGCCAGAGCUAUCAGUUUUAACUUAAUGCUAGGCUGAGCAGUAGGACAAAGUUCUGAGAGCUUGGAGUAAUGCUCUGUUCACCCUAGCAUGAAGUAGGGACUUACAGCUUAAGCAUUAGCUCUGUAAGAAGACAGACGGCAAGCCCAGGCAAAUAGACCUUACUGACAGAGACAAAAAUGUCAGCAUUAUUUUAUAUGUGUAUGCCAACAUUUUCACUGUUGCCUAAAUUAUAGCACUUAUUGCAUGGUAGUAAUGAAGCAUGUUCUUCGUCCCGUGUAUAUAACAGAUCUUUUGGUUCUGUCACUUUCAAAUAUAACAAAAUGUUGUUUCUUCAUGUGAAAGUGGAUUAUGACCAUUUUGUUAAUUGUGAGCAAAGAUACCAAUUUCUAUGCUAUUGCUUUCUGAUCUACUAAAUUAGUUUCAGGUCAUAUAUCUACAUCUUUAAGAAAA